GUUGGAAAAGGACAAGUCUGGUGUAUGAGCUUGUCGAAAUUGCAGAAAAUAAAAUGGAAAAUCCGAACGAAGAUCAGGAUCAGAUGUCCACCUCAUCUACUCUGACGGGCUCCUCUGGACGUUCUGUACCAGUAGAGGACGUUCACGUAGAAUUUUCAGAGCUCUCCAAUGUAGCGAAUGCAACUGGGUCGAAUGAAAGAGUCACAGAUCAAGCGUCAAGCACCCCUGGUGAUGGUGUAGCUCCUCACAACACUAAUGUAAUUGGUGAUAUAAACUGUGAGGUAGACACUGAAGUAAGACACCAAAGAUCACAAGUCAAUGGAAAUCAACCUCCAGUUUGCUCUGGGCGUCAACCAUCAACAAAUGAAGAUUUGUUGUUAAAACAAGCACAAGAUGGAGAAAAGAAUUCCCACUAUUGUUGUGGUGUUUGCUUGGAAAAUGUUCAGGUGAAUGGAUGCUGCCAAAGAGCAGCACACAAGGAAUGUUUACAUGCAUCUGGUUUGAGCCUUACAAAUUGCAACUGUUUUCAAAGAGAGAGGAUUGUCAACAGCACUGAUUAUCCAGCUGCUCUAACAUCAUCUAAACAACCAUCAACUAAUGAUGAUGUUUCUGACACAUGGGAAAAUCACCCUCUGCAGACUUUCCCACAACAUUCCAAGGUCUUGUCACUGUGUUGUGAAAUUUGUGGAAAAGAAGAGGUUUUCAUGAAAUCACUGUGCUGCAACAGUGAAUACCAUCAGGAUUGCCUCAAUCAGUGCAGAGAAGAGGGUCACACAAACUGCCUUUAUUGCCGAUGUCCCUUGCAAGAGGGUGGCAGAAGAAAUGGUGGUGGAGAAGAUAACAGUGGAAGUAAUGGUGGAGGAAGAGGAAGAGGAGGAGGACUUGAUGGUGGGAGAGUGGAUGAUGAUGUUGUUGGAGAAAAUAAUAAUGGAGGAGGUGAUGGCAGAGAAGGUGAUGACAGGGGAGAUGAUGAAGGUGACCCUGGUGGUGGAGGGGAUGAUGAUGGUGGUUGUGGUGGUGGUGGUUGUGGAGGAGGUUCACUAUUACCCUCUCAACCACCACCACCAUCACCUUUCCUUCAGCUGUUAUUGCCACCUCUUAAUCCACUGCUUUUUCCUCCUCAACCACCAUCAGCUGAUGAUGGAGAUGAAGAGGAAGAUUUUGAAAGAAGAGUUGAUUAUCAAGGUGGAAAUGAGAAUUCAGAUCAUUACGAAGGAGACGAAUAUUAACAGAUCUAUAGAGCCUGGUCCUGAUGCACUGAGCCACCACGCUCCAUGGUUACUUCAUUGAACAUUUAUUUUAUUAUAAUUAAUUGUUAAAUGUAACGGGCGUGCUGUUUAUGUCUACUAUUCCGCGCACGCUCCGUCUGAAUUCAUAUAUUUCCAUAAUUAUCGCAAUGUUUGUUACGUAAACCGUUUAAUUAGAGACGCGUAAUCUGGUUGUUCGGUUGUUCGGUUCAGUUUCAACCAAGCUUACCAGUUAUUAUAAUAUUGCUGACCAGUUAUUUACCACAAGUACGGAGGCAGUCAAGAAGUAAGAUUUCAGUUGAUUUUCAGGUUAUAACAAUUAAUUUUCUGUUCGUUUUGAACUCUUGUAAGGCCGAGUGCCA